AUGAAAAAAAAGAUUUCAUCAUCACUUAUUGGAUUAAAUCAUUUAUUUGAACAAACUCCAAUACCAUGGAAAGGUGCUUAUUUUGAUGAUACUCGUAAUACAGAUAAUGCAUGGAUAGAAUUAUCCAUUGAAUAUCUCUUAGAUUAUGAUCAUCAAUUAACAACAUGCAUACCAUGUCUUCACAAUGAACAACUUAGUCGUCUUGAACAACCACGUUUUCUAUGGAAAGAUGUAAAAAAUACAAUUAAUAUUGGACCAAGAACUCAUUAUCGUCUUAUAAGAAAUUUAGCCUAUAAACUUGAUGCAUAUUUCUGA